AAAGCGUGUUGGUAAUGUUCCCAUGGCUACCACAACUUUUGUUUAUGCUAGUAGCUUGCUAACAUCGCUUUAAUAUAAGUUAGAUACUUACGCUGGUGCUGAAAUAGUUGCUAGAUACAGACACAAACGUAAACAUAUAACAAACAGAGUUGGAUAUUAUUCGGGUUUUAUGAAUUCAAUCUCGUUUGUUGCAUCCUAGGCCUGCGCAAACCACCGCUUAUUUACGUUAACAGUUGACGUUAAAGUUAGAACUAGCUAGUUUCCACUGUAACAGCCAGAAUUAGAUUAACGUUACCGUUACCAUAAUGGAAUUUGGCUCGAAACUUCAAGAGAUGGAUCUGACAUCAGACGAAAUAAGCCGUCUGAGCAAAGCUUUGAAGGAUGAAACUUUUCGGAAAAUGUUACACGAAUAUGCAGAAGAAAUUUCAAAUCCAGAAAACAAGAACAAAUACGAGGAGGAAAUAAAGCUUUUGGAAAAGGAAAGGGACAUGGACGUCCAGUUCCUCCAUCCGAAGCCUUUUCGUGUACUGAAAACCAGUGACGGUAAGCAGAAGUGCUUCAUCAAUAUCUGUUCAAAUGAGUUGAUCAGAACCGCAGAGUGCAAAGCCGUCGCCGAAGAUGGCAGAAAAGGUCUGAACUGGUCACUUCCAUACAGUCUGACACCAGGAAGGUUAGAUGUGGAUUCGAAUGGAAAUAAGCACAUGAUAUACGACGUCGUUUUUCAUCCUGACACUCUCCACAUGGCAAGUAAAAAUGAUAGAUUCAUGGAACUUGUCGACAGUACUGCAAUGGACGGGAUACAAAACUCGUUCAAGGUCAAGCUGGAUCGGAAGAACACGAAAAUUCUGAAGACAAAAUACAAAGGUGCACCCCAUGCAGCUGUGAUAAGGCAGCCAACACCUGGACAACAAACAACACAAAAAGUUACGGACAAAAAUGAUCCCUUCGCAUUCCCUUACCCGUAUGACAAGGGCGAGACAUUGUCAACAAUGAACAACGAUACAACGAGCUUGUCUGGUGGGCAGUCAACACACACGAAACCUGCUAAAACCAUACAAACUUGCGGUUCAGAGGAGCAACCCAUAGAACCAGAGAAGCACCCUACAGAACCGCAUUACACUAUAAAAUACAGGUCAGUUGUUGAUUUACAAGACUACAGGUGCUCCAGAGACUCUGCACCCAGCCCACGCCCCAGAGAAAUAGAGAUAACCAUUGAUCUGCCAUUGCUCAAGUCUGCGGCAGAUGCUGACCUGGAGGUAACAGAAAAAGAGAUUUUUUUAAAAUCCAGUAAGCCUGCAUACCUUCUAAAGCUUAACUUGUCCUACCCUGUGGAUGAAAAGAAAGGACUGGCCAGGUUCAACAAAAAAAAGAAACAGCUGGUUGUCACCUUGCCAGUUCUUCCUCUUAAGGAAUCUCCUUUGAGUUCAGAGAGCCUGGAAUUUCUUGCUGUUGGUGAUGGUGAAAGGGAACUAAAUGGGCCAAUCAAUGGGCCAAUCACUGAGGAGCCAGAGGAAAUAACUUCAACUGGAGAUAGCCUGCAGACAGACAAACACAUGUGUAUUAAAACCGAUACUGAAAAGUCUGGUUUAAAUGUUCAGUGUGGGGAGUCUACUGUGGACAGUGCACCCUUGUCAGACUGCAGUGGGCAGCCAAAGCCAAGAUUGAUUGAGAAGGAACGGCAUAUAUCUUCCUCAGAUGUCAAAGAGGAUACUCCACAGUCAACUGACCUUACCAGUGCUGAAUCUUUCACUGAUUACACUGAAGAGGAGUCUGUACAGGAACCUAGAAUCAGAGAGGUGGAGGUGGACACAUCCAUAGAUGCUACAGCAAGCUCAUUAAUAGAUGACACACUGGAAGAGAUGGAGGACUCAGGUUCACAGGUGAACACUAGUGUGAUGCCUCAGCAGCUGUCUGACAUCGACAACUCUGUGGCCCCACAUCACCAUGUGAAUGACAGUCCAUCGCAGGACAAAGUCCAGAGCACACGCGAAGACAUGUCUGAGCCGCCUUGCUUUGUGUCUGACAUACGCAGUGACGGUAACAAGAAUGAAACGGUAACUCAUGUACAGGCCAAAAAGGCUGUGCGGUUCAGCGAAAGAGUGUCUGUGGCUGUGGAACGUGACGAGGAUGACUUGCCUGAAGAGCAGAGCUUCACUGGCACUAAACACAUCAAGCAGCCUAGAGUAGUUCUGCGCGAGAUGAACUCCGAGGACGGGACCGAGGUCGUCAUCAGCGAUCACACAACGUCCUCUGCUUUCGUGUUCCAGAACUCCCUUCUUUACGAGCUUGACUGAAAUACUGAGAGACACUUGAAUUAAUAUAGUAAGCCUACAGGGAGUUUGAACUUUUACUUCUGAGUUGUCUCACAGGAUUCAUAAAUGUACCAUAUAAAAGUGAGAGGAAAUGAAGUCAUUCUAUAACAUGAUUAUGGAAAGAUUUCCUUUUUGUCUGACAGCCUACA